GGAAGGGUAUGCCACUUAGUUUUCAGUAUCUGGAUGCAAUAAAGAUGCUUUUCUUACCUACCUGCAGUCUUCUUCUGCUUCUUCCUAAUGUUGUCAAUUCUGGACGGAUUCUGUUAAAGAUCACUCAGCGUUUCCGUGAUCUUCACACUCAGAGAAAUAAAGAGUUUUUCCAGACGGCGCUUGCUGAUGAACAUCAGCCUCUUCAACACGUGAAGGAGGGCGUUCUUGAUCAGCCGUUGGACCAUUUUAACCGGCAAAACAUCAACACCUUCCGUCAGCGGUUUUUGGUGAACGAGGAGUACUGGCAACGUCCGGAGGGUCCUGUGUUUCUCUUCGUUGGUGGAGAAGGGCCCAUCUGCAAAUUUGAUGUACUUACAGGUCAUCAUGUUGACAUCGCAAAAGAGCACGGGGGUCUGCUGCUGGCUGUGGAGCACCGUUUCUAUGGUGACAGCAUCAACCCUGAUGGACUGGAAACAGAGAACCUGGCAUACCUGAGCAGCCAGCAGGCGCUGGCUGACUUGGCUGUAUUUCAUCAGUACAUCAGCGAGAGCUUUAAUCUGAGCUGCAGGAACACCUGGAUCAGCUUUGGAGGCUCCUACUCUGGAUCUUUGUCUGCCUGGUUUAGAGGAAAGUUUCCCAAUCUGGUGUAUGGAGCUGUAGCUUCCUCUGCUCCAGUGAAGGCAAAGCUGGAUUUUUCUGAGUACAGCAAUGUUGUCGGUUUAGGUCUAAAGAAUGAGGCUGUUGGUGGCUCAGAGGAGUGCCUGGCUAAAGUCCGGGAGGCGUUUGUUCUUGUCGAAGCAACUCUGAUAAGUGAAAAUUUCACCAAGGUGGCUGCAGACUUUGGCUGCUGCCAGACUCCAAAUAAUCCUGAUGAUCAGAUGGAGCUGAUGCAAAGCUUGGCCGACAUCAUGAUGGGAACCGUGCAGUACAACGAGGAGGGAGUGCUUAUGUCUAUAAAGGAGCUGUGUAGUGUUAUGUCCGAUAAACGUGAGGAGAAUGAAGGAGAGAUGGAGGCUUACAACCGCCUUGUGAAACUCUCACAGAUUUACCGUUCCACCUCUAAUGAACCAUGCCUGGACAUAUCUCAUGAGAAAACAGUGAAAGAUCUGCUGGACACGUCUCACAGGCAUCGUAGAAGAUCAGAGAGGCAGUGGAUCUACCAGACCUGCACUGAGUUUGGCUUCUAUCAAACCUGUGAGGAUGCCACCUGUCCAUUCUCUGGGAUGUUAACCCUUCAGGCUCAGACUAAGCUCUGUGCAGAGGUUUUUGGUAUUUCCCAGCAUUCUUUGCCUGCACGCAUUGCCUUCACAAACAGCUACUAUGGUGGAGACCACCCUCAAACAACCAGGGUCCUUUAUGUUAAUGGUGGAGUGGACCCAUGGAAAGAGCUGUCAGUGGUUCAGGACAGCACUGAUGAGGCUCAGACAGUUUUCAUUAAGAACACUGCGCACUGUGCUGACAUGUCGAGUCAAAGACUAAAGGACCCCCACUCACUCAGGAAGGCGAGACAGGAAAUUGAGAACCACGUCACCCGCUGGCUGAAAACAGCCGCUCUGGAGCAGAUGAAAAAGAGUAAACCCUGCCUGUGACCAGGUCACAUUAGAGCCAGAUCAACUCUUAUCAUUGUUUUCUGAAACAGAUAAAGAAAGAACUGUUCAAACUCUAGGCUGAAUGCUCUGCUUCAAUCCUAUCCUCUAUUUCCUCCUGUUGUCCCCACGUUUUGCUUUGUCUCAAUGACAAUCUCAGCCCUGCAGUUAACCAACCUGCUGCCCGUUAGCAUUUCGAUCUAAUAAGAAGUUAUAAUUUUGUAUAAUUUUUUUGCUACAAUAAAAAAACUGCUGUUUCUUCCAUUAUUUUAAUCACUAGGAAUGUGAUGGAGUAACUUUGUAAGUAAACUUGUUUCUCGAAACCACCUGAUAUUAAAGUUUGAAGCCAUUAAUCUGCUGUUACUGAUUAAAUGCAGUAAACCUGUCAAGGUGAAACACUU